AAAAGGAAAAGACCUGUACUUUCUCGCCCCCAGGUAGCAGCAAUAGAUGCCAGAUAGCGUUCCAGACACCCACGUGUGCCUUGGCCCGUUGCUUGCCUGUGGGUGCCCUCGGAACAGGCUGCUCACCACCAUGAGGGACUUCCUUCAAUAUGCUGCUUGCUUCUUUGCCUUUUUCUCCACUGGGUUUUUGAUUUUGGCCACCUGGACAGACUGUUGGAUGGUGAAUACUGAUGAUUCUCUGGAGGUGAGCGCACAGUGCCGAGGCCUCUGGUGGGAGUGUGUCACCAAUGCUUUUGACGGCAUUCGUACCUGUGAAGACUAUGACUCUAUAUAUGCGGAGCACUCCGUGAAGUUGGUGGCCACACGAGCGCUGAUGAUCACUGCAGAUAUUCUAGCUGGUUUUGGAUUUCUCACCUUGCUUCUUGGUCUAAACUGUAUAAAAUUCCUUCCGGACGAGCCAGACAUUAAAGUCCGUAUGUGCUUCAUUGCUGGGAUCACGUUACUAAUAGCAGGUGCUCCAGGAAUCAUUGGUUCUGUGUGGUACGCUGUCGAUGUUUAUGUAGAACGUACUUCUCUGACUUUUCAUAACAUAUUUAUUGGUAUCCAGUAUAAAUUUGGUUGGUCAUGUUGGCUUGGAAUGGCUGGGUCUGUAGGUUGCUUUUUGGCUGGAGCUGUCCUCACCUGCUGCUCAUACUUCUUUAAAGCCGCUGGGCCCCAGAGCUGCCCUUACUCCACAGGGAAGCCCUACUCCGCUGCAGGUGCUUCCGUGGCCAAGUCCUACGUGGCUUCUCGGACAGAGACUGCCAAAAUGUAUGCUGUGGACACCAGGGUGUAAAGCAGGAGCACUCUGUGUCUCCACACCACCGCUCAGCCCGUCAAUAGAUUCAAGUCAGUGACAUGGGAGUCCAAUUCUGGGACAGUUAUUCACUUUUAUUCUUCCAAAAAAAUUGGUAGCUUGCUCCAAAUGUUGGACUUACUGUCGCUUCUUCUUUUCGUUGUUCUCUCUUCAGUCCCACCUCGGCUUUCCCUGUAUUUAUGAUAAUGCUGUUAGAAUGUAGAAAUGUUUGUUCUUAUUUCUAUUUUGCUAUUAAAGACUAUGACACUAUAAUCCCGAAGUGCAAUGACACUUCUGAAUUAGAAAACAAUUAUUGAAAGAGGUCAGCUCUGAAGGCUCAAAUCUCAGCUCCGAGAGAAUUAACAGACUCUUAGCUCCUUGCUGUCUGUCUUUUGGUUCAUCAUUUAAUACUCUCAGUGAGUGGGUGCAUUAUUUCAUACCUUUGAGGAAUAUUUUUCUUGCAGACUCAAAGCUGUGCAUCAAAGACCAGCAUUGUUCUGAUUUAGUUAAAACAGAAAGAGUAAAUAUCAGCUUCAUAGAACAACCACUGGUGGGAAUUAAAGAUAAGCUCCUAUUUCACACUCUAAAUGUGAAAGCAAAUGCUAAAUUAAUGUUGGAGUCAGGGAUGAAUUUCUGCCUCAUUAACAGGGCUCCAGCUUUGACUAUAUGUUGCCAAACUACUAGAUGAUAACAGUUAAUCGCACAGUUGGGAAGUUCACUCAUGUUGAUUGAACAUCCAAAUAUACUUCUUGAAUAAAUAUUAGAAUUGACCAGUUCAAAUGCAUACUUACCACCAGGUUCUCAGCACCCAGCAGCAAAAUGGCAAACAUAGUACAAAAUGUAGCAUCAACAACAGCAAAUAUUUAUAUCUAUAGAUUAAAAUACAUGAACACUCACAAUUCUCUACUAAAAAAAGCAAUCUUUCACAAAUAUAUGUGGAUUUUUUGAGAAAAUUACAGUCUGUACACGCUUAAAUAAGUCUUUGAUGAUUGUUAAUGGGAUUUCAUUCAUAUUUAUAAUGCAAUCAUGUUGAAUUUCUUAAAUCAUAGAGUUCUUUCAUGGGCUAGAAAAUUUAAUUUCAGGUUUCUUGAUUUCUUGUAAUUUAUAUGAAUAACACUAAUAACCUUGAAGCAGCUUAAAAGAAUAUUGAAUGAAUAGGAAAUUAGCUCUUUGGAAAAACUGAAAUUAAGUUGUGAAAUUCUGAGGACCUUAAAGAAAGUGUUUCAAAUAUAGAAAGCCAAGAAUAAUGUAAAAAUGAAAAGAUAGGGUACGUAUGCUAAUAUCGUAGAGGAUGUUCUUUAUGACUUCAGUUUCUUUUUAACAACAUCUUCUAGAGCAAUUUCAAUUUAAUUUUAGAAUUAGGAGAAAUUGGAUAAUAUAUCUUAUAGAUAAUGUUAAUUGUGUAAUGGGCACUCAAAUUUGUGUAUUAUAUUAAUUUUAGAGUUAAGAGAAAUUGGAUAAUAUAUCUUAUAGAUAAUGUUAACUGUAUAAUGAGCAUUUAAAUUUGUAUAAUAUAUGUAAUAUUUGUAUAUGCGUAUAUGCUGUACAUUUUAACUUUUUUUGGUGUUAUAUUUUUUCUUACUUAGUUUUUUACUUUUAAUUUCAUUCCUACUUUCAUUUAUGUAUUGUAUUAUCUUUCAUGUUUUAUAUACUCCAAUACCUCUCUAGAAAUUCCUCUGAAGGAAGACAGAGAAAUUAUUUAAGUAGUUCAUUUUAUUACCAUACUUUUUGCAUUUCUAAAGUUUCAUUUGUAUGAGAGAAGAUUUCAGAGUAUUAU